CUGCAGGGGAUGAGGCCCCUUUCCAACAUAAAAAUCUCUCUUCUUCAAAAGCGCACAAACCCAUUUCUUAACUACCUCCACCGUCCGUUAUAGAUGGCAUCAACUACCUGCACCGUCUCCCUUAUCUCCUCCACUAAAUCUUCCUCCACAUUCCCAUUAAAAUUCAAUUUUCCCGCCAAAUCCCCCUCAACGGUCAAUUUUCGCGCCAACCCUCUCACCGCCGCCAACGCCGCUUCUUCAGGAAAAGAUCUCAUCUUGGGAAGAAGAGGACUGGUAUUUACACUUACAGCCACACUGCCAUUGCUUCUUCCCUUCUCUGAAUGCAUAGAGGCCUUUGCUGCGAAGGCGGUAGAGUCGGACAUAAGUGAAUAUGAGCUUGUGAAGGAGGAGAUUAGGAAGGUGGUGACCAAGGGUAAGGCUGCUGGUGUGCUUCGUUUGGUGUUUCAUGAUGCAGGGACCUUUCAAGUUGAUGAGAAUUCAGGUGGUAUGAAUGGUUCUGUCAUUUACGAACUUGAUAGACCAGAAAAUAAAGGUCUUCAAAGUCCUUUCAAGAUUCUAGAGAAAGCAAAGAGUGAGGUGGAUACAGUACAACCAGUGUCUUGGGCAGACAUGAUUUCUGUGGCUGGAGCUGAAGCAGUUUCAAUAUGUGGAGGUCCAACAAUCCAAGUUUCGUUGGGCAGAUUAGAUUCAAAGGAGCCUGAUCCUGAAGGAAAACUUCCUGCAGAAUCUCUGGAUGCCUUUGCUCUGAGGCAAAGCUUUCAAACAAAAGGCUUUUCAACUCAAGAACUUGUUGCUCUGUCAGGAGCUCAUACCAUUGGAAAUAAAGGUUUCGGAAGUCCAACAGUUUUUGACAAUACAUACUUCAAAAUUCUGCUUGAGAAACCAUCUUCGGGUAGUAUGAUUGGGCUUCCUUCAGAUCGUGCGCUUGCCAAGGAUGAUGAAUGCUUAAGAUGGAUCACAAAGUAUGCUGAGGACCAGGACGUUUUCUUUGAAGAUUUCAAGAAGGCUUAUGUCAAACUAGUGAAUUCAGGAGCCAGGUGGAAGAGCUUGUGAAAUAAUUGCAGGAGCAACAUAAUGCCUAUCAUGCAGAAAUGGAACACGGUACAGAUCAAGAAGUGAUGAAUAUUGGGCAAUCAGAUCCUCAUAUAUACUGUUCAAAGUGACCCAUCAAAUGAUUAAAUGAUUAGCUGCCAGCAUUAAUCAAAUGAUUAGCUGCCAGCAUUAAUCAAAUGAUUAGCUGACAGGUAAGGAAGGUGACCCCAGGCAAGACUUUAUAUUGCAUAAUUAACAUGUCAUCAAAUAAUUCAGGUACGACCUUGAUGUACAAUCAGUAAAAUGUUUACUUGGUUUAGGCUCUUGAGGCACAAAAAGAAAGAAUUUUUGGACCAGAAGUGUAGCUGUAUGAUGUGAGAAAGUCUAGGUUAUAGAGCAAUCAUAAAUUUCUAGCUUCAUAAUUUAAUCAUAAGAAAGUGAUCCAUCAA